AUGGGGCUUGGAGCGAGUCACUGUUUCGGUGUCUGGGCUCCAACUGAGGUUUCCAUAACGACAAUGGUGUUAGCUAUCGUUUUCAUGAUAGCAACCGUCCCAGGAAACUUGAUGGUCAUCUUGGCAGUUCUAUUCGAUCCCAACAAAAAUCUUCGAAACCCGUUUACGCUUCUGGUGGCAAAUCUUGCCGUCACAGACCUUAUCGUGGGUGCGCUGGUAGAGCCGUUGUCCAUUAACACGCACUACAGAGAGUCUCGAGGCUUGUCCAUCAGCAUGUCAUGGUUCUCUCAAUCUGUGUAUUUUCUGUGUUGCACGGCGUCUCUGCUGAGUCUUGCAGCACUUACUGUCGAUCGCUACUUAGCGAUAACAAAGCCUCUGUGGUACAGAGCCAACGCCAAUUAUGGGCGUGUAGCCACAGCUGUCUCCCUGGUUUGGAUCCUUUCAUGUUGUUCCACCUCCAUUUUCUUCUUUGUCGGCUUUGUGGCCUACGCUUUUGUCUUUGCCAACAUUACGAUGUUUUGCACUAUUUUUAUCUUCAUUUUCUCUUAUGUGCGUAUCUUUCAGUACGCCAAAAACCAAAUCACCCAAAUCGACAAUUUGACCGACGGUCAAACAGAGCUAAAUAAGGCUCGUCAACGAGCCAUAGAGAUGGAAAAUAAGCUCACUAAAACCUAUCUGAUCAUGCUUGGCAUCUUUCUGUCCUGUUACAUACCUUCGUGCAUCAUGAUCUAUUUCAUGAAUCUUUGCCAGGGAUGCAGCUGUGAGCUGAUUCACUGGCUGAGAGAUUUCCACUUUGUUUUCAUCACAAUCAAUUCUCUCAUCAAUCCCUUUCUUUACGCCUUCCGACUGCCGAACUUUAAGAGUGCAGUGAAGCGAAUACUCGGUUGUGCAUCCCAAGUUGCUCCAGUAAUCGUUACUACGGGCAACGAGGUCACAGUCAAGGACUCUGGUCCCAGAAAUUUGUCAUCCACCAACAUCAGGAGCGCGUCGCAAACCCCUGGUCCAUUGAUGGUGAUUAUCACUGCCUACAGUAGCAUUUUAGUGGCUGCCAAAAGCAAGGGAAAUUUAAGUCAGAGAAAGGCCCACAAGACUAGUUUGGAAAAAGAGAUUCGGCUGUCGUUAACCGUAGCUCUCAUAACAAUGCUAUUUAUCAUCGCAUGGCUGCCCCUUUUCGUCUUGACCAUGAUUGCUACGUUUGACCCAGAGUCCCUUCCUUCACCGAUCAUUUUCGCCCGCCUGCUGCAAUUCGUCAAAUGGAUGCACUACUGUUCAAGUGCAGUAAACCCGUUCUUGUACUCUUACCGAAAUCCCGACAUGCGCAGAACAAUUGCAGUGCUUCUUCGCCGUCUGGUUCUUCAGGGCCCAGGUGUAGACGAAGUGUUCAGAAGACGCUCCAGCGAUAUUUCCACGACUCGUGUGAGAAAAGUUAGUAUCUGCUCGGAUAAGAGCCGAAAGGUCAGCACAGAAAGCCAGCAAAGUUGCUUAGGAGCUCGUUCCGCAUUUUCGCGGAUUAGUGUUAGAGGACGAGGUAACUCUUCUGAAGAUAAAGAAAUGGGACACAAAAGGCUGGAGUUCAACAACAACAUUUAA